UUGAAGAAUCGUGGGAUGGAAAUCGUAAUUAAGCUAUGACCACUUCGUGGUCGGCCUACUCAGAAUGUCAAUGUUUCAUCAGUACUUGUUUUACGUUAAGCCUUAGAAAAAGGGCAGUACAAUUAUUUUUUAAUCAGUUUCCUUAUCUAUCGUCUAUUUAUGUCAGCAUUUCAUCAGUCCGCGGGUCACAUUCAGGACGUGAUGGCACCAGUAGGACAAAAAUACUUAUUAUUCCAGAGACAUUUAAAAUCAUCAAAACACUGUUUUGGCAUGCAUUUGUACUUACGGUCAGCACAUAAAGGAGCAAAACCUUUUCAUGACAUUCCAGGUCCAGUCAGAUUACCAUUGUGGGGAAACUUGCUUCAUUAUAAGCUGGGUGCUUUUGAUGGCAGAAAGUAUCACAAAGUUUUAGAACAUCUACAUGAGCAGUAUGGGCCAAUUGUUAGAGAAACAAUAGGAUCCAGAACAGUUGUGCAUGUUUUUGAUCCAGAUGACAUAAAGGAGGUGUAUGCGAAUGAAGGGCACACCCCAUUUGUGGCGCCUUUAAUGGAGACAGCCCAGUUAUAUAGAAAGCAGAAAAAUAUUUCACUGGGCUUAGGUAAUGUCAAUGGAGAGGAGUGGUACCGUUUACGAAGCUCCGUCCGUCACCUGAUGUUAAGGCCACAGGAAGUGCAUGUAUACUUUCCUGCUGUACAGGAAAUUGCAAAAGAUUUUGUCUCUCACUUAGAAAAUAUUCUCCUUGUUGAUGGAAAAGUUGAAAAUCUAAGAGAUGAAGUAUCAAAAUGGGUUCAAGAAACUGCUGGAGCAAUCUGUUUUGGAAGGAGACUAGGUUGCCUAUAUGGCGGGGAAAUGGAGAAAGUGGCACAGAAAAUAAUUGAUGCCAACAAAGAAGUGUUUCAGUUGUCAGCCAUUCUAAAAUUUUCACUCCCCAUAUACAAAUAUUUUCAUACUCCAAAGUGGAAGAGGAUAACAGAGGCAGAAAACUUUAUUUACAGGACAACAGAGAAAUAUGUUGAAGAAACCAUCAAUAAAGUGAAAACAUUACUUGAAAUGGAGAACAGGGUGGAAGAAAAAUAUCAAUUUAUUAUGCGAUUACUUUCAAAAGACACCCUGAGCAGAGAUGAUAUCAUAAUUGUCACAUUUUCUUUAUUUACUGAUGGACUGAGUACAACUGUUCCAGCUCUGCUGUAUAAUCUCUACUGCUUAGCAACAAAUCCUGAGGUACAAGACAAAGCAUAUAGUGAAAUCGAAUCAGUUCUCAAGGAAACUGAUGAAAUAACAGUUGAUGUUCUUAACAAAUUGCCUUACAUAAAAGCAAUUGUGAAAGAAACUUUCAGAUUUUAUCCAAUUGGAACUGAGGUAUCAAGAAUAAUUCAGAAGGAUCUCAUUCUGUCUGGUUAUCAUGUCCCAAAAGGUACACAUGUAGAUCUUACUCCAAAUGUACAUUUCCUGUCUGAGAAGUAUUUUAAGGAUGCAAGAAUAUAUCUCCCAGAUCGAUGGCUAAGAGGAAAUGAAAAUACAAAUUAUCAUCCUUACCUGCUGACUCCUUUUGGACAUGGUACAAGAACUUGUGCAGGUCGUCGGUUUGCUGAACAAGAUCUCUACCUAAUUUUAUUUUAUAUUCUACAAAAAUUCAAAUUGGAGUAUCAGAGUAGUAGCAAACGGCUUGAGCAAGUGUUUGAAACCCUACUUUUUCCUGAUGACUCAGUGGAUGUCAUCUUCAAACCAAGAAGUAAUUACGCUUGUACAUGUGUGUAAAAAAAAAAAAGUGAUCCUAUAUGUAUUCAGUACUUGUGAUGAUAAUUACUUACAGAAAACUGUGAAAGGAGAUGAGCAUAGUUAUGUUUCAAAACUUACAUUGCUGUAUGAUUUUCUUAUUAUUAAGAGCCACAGUCCUGCACAAUCGUCUAAAUGAUUAUGCUUUCACCAGCUGAUUGUUAAUUUAUUCCUCCUGCAUAUCCAACUGCAACUGAAAGAUUGUUGACAUUCCACAUGAUGCUUUGACAUACCAUGUAAGUGGCAUUAAAAUGGUGAUCCUUGUCUGGUCAAAUAAUGAUGAUCGUGAGAUGUAUCACAGCAUGCAAUGUAACUAAUUUCUAAAGAACAAUAAUGUCUCACUUGACAAUGGCUACAAAGCCAAAAUUGCAAUAGAAGGAGUAAGAUAACAGUAAAAUGGUGAAAACAUCAGUUAGACGGUUACUGACAUGUUAAUGCCAAAAUUGAUGUAUUAGUUAGAAUUCAUGUACCUCUUUGAAUAUUGUUCUGAAAUAAAUUGUGGGUUACUCAAAAUGGGGAAACAAUCCCCUUCAGAGAACGUCAACUGAUACUAACACAACUUAAAAAUAAAUUUUAUAAUUAGAUUCUUUU